AUGGACGAGAGGCAGAGCAGACACUUGGCUCCAAACCGGCAAAGACAAACCAACAAAAACACCAAAGAAAUACUAAAAACAAUCAUGAAGACUGCUUUGAUCGCUGUUGCUUUCCUCGUACUCGGACUUGGCUGGACCUCCGAAGCUGUAGAAGUGGAGGAGGGCGGCAUGUCCUUCUCCCUGGAGGCCGUGCAGAGACUUCAGGAGCUCACAGAAAACAACAUGCUGGCCACCAAACAGAACCCACGCAUCAGGUUCAAUGCUUUCUUGUGCUCGGACCCCAUGUUGCCCCAGGAGUUCUUGCCGCUGUGCAGACAGAGAGGAGCGUCUGCAUCUCUGGCCCGACUGGCGCUGGUUCCCAUGGAUGUGUGUGAGAUCUGUGCCUUCGCCGCCUGCACCGGCUGCUAA